GUCGCAGGUAUGUGACGUCAGAGCGGCGACGUGUCAGUCAUGGCCGCUGAUAUUACAUUAUUAUUCAAAGCGAGCGUAAAAACGGUGAAAACGCGCAAUAAAGCGCUUGGACUGACAGAGACGAGCAGCGCGAAGAGACCGCGACAGAGAAACACAUUCAGCUCUAAAGCUAAAGAAGUGAUUUCUAACAUUUCAAAGCUUAAGGAUUUUCUGCUCCAGCACAGGAAGGAUUAUGUCAACGCAGGGAGUUUAAUGUCCUCAGAUGUGUCUCGCAUGACAGACGGCGAGAGAGAUCAAAUCGAUCAAGAUGCUCAAAUCUUCAUGAGGACCUGCGCAGAUGCCAUCAGCCAGCUGCGAUCUGAAACGGAUAGACAGGUGGUCUCAUCGCAGGUGAAGGAUCAUCGUGCAGCUGUGCUGGAUCUAAUAGACGUUUAUCUCAAAGGUGUAUGUAAACUGUAUUCUGAGCAGAGAGCAGUACGUGUGAAAAGAGUUGUGGACAAAAAGAGACUGUCCAGACUAGAACCCGAGCUGCUCGGUAAAGAGAAACCGCAAAGUGAUGUGGAGGAGAGCAAUGAUAAGGCAGUCUCAGACAGUAAUGUUGACCUUUGGGAGGACAGCAGAGUGGAGGAUGACCUCUCACCAGAAGAAAUACAGAUGUUUGAGCAGGAGAAUCAGAGGCUGGUCGGGGAGAUGAACAGUCUGUUAGAUGAAGUCAGGCACAUUGAGGGAAAGGUUGUGGAAAUCUCUCGUCUGCAGGAGAUCUUCGCUGAGAAAGUCCUCCACCAGGAGACUGAGAUCGACAACAUUCAUCAGCUGGUUGUUGGUGCCACAGAAAAUGUGAAGGAAGGAAAUGAAGAUAUUAGAGAGGCUAUGAAAAACAACGCCGGCUUCCGUGUAUGGAUUAUUUUCUUCCUGGUCAUGUGCUCUUUCUCACUGCUUUUCCUCGAUUGGUAUGGCUAAAGGACCAAUUCAGCUAUAACGCAUGUGUGUGCUUGCAGUCAGUAAUUCAUCUGUGUUAAGAGAUGUUCAUGUUAUUCAGACAGACUGCAGCUCCCUCUAGUGGAGCACAAUGUGUACAGAACAUUGAAAUAUCAUGAGUGUCAAACAUGUACAGUUAAAUCAUAUUCAAUAAACACUCAAUGAAGUACUUUUACUGUUUUUCUGCAGUGAUUGUAUAAUAAUAUAAAACACACACUGAAUAAAAACUUUCGAUUAGUUGAUAUAUUGAUAGAAGUGACUGACAACCUUAAAGGGAUAGUUCACCCAAAAAUGAAAAUUCGGUUAUCAUUUACCAACUCUCAUGUUGUUACAAACCUGUAUAAUUUUCUUUGUGCUGAUGAACAUGAAGGAGGAUAUUUUGAGGAAUAUUUUGUAAACAAACCGAUCUUGAGCCCCAUUGACUUCUAUAGUAGGAAAAAAGAAUACUAUGGAAGUGAAUGGGGCUCAUGAAUGGUUAAAUUUUAAACAUUCCUCUAAAUAUCUUCCUUCAUGUUUAUAAAAACAAAGAAAUGUAUACAGGUUUGUAAUCUUUUUUUUGGGUGAAUUAUCCCUUUAAACAAUCUACAAAAUUGUUUUAUUAUUUAUAUUAAAAAUGUAAUUGUUGCAAAAGUUAACCUUGGCCUGUAUUAAAUAAAAUUAUGGGACCUUCA